CGCCAGUAGAGAGAAAUGCAAGGAGGACACUUGGCGUUCAGAUGGGCUGUCCAAGUACACGCAGUUCUACAGCAACAGCAGCACAUGACACAGAGCACACACUUCAAGCAUCUGAACCAAAUGCUGAACAAAUCAGUAAACUAUCCACCACAGAAGACAUAGAGAAAUCUGCAACUAAAGAAAAGAGAAGCAACAAAUCAAAACACUCAAGACAUGCCCAAGACAAAGAAAAACAAUCAAAGCAAAACCACAGCCCAAGACUAGAGGAGAAAUCAUUGCUGCAGACUCCUAAAGCUAAUCGGCUGGGCUUGCUGUCAGCAGCUCCUGGAUUGGAAAGCAGCAGUGGUAAAGACAGAGACAAAAACUUAAGGAAUGUCAGCAACAAAUAAUGGCUGCUUUAGCAAUGGCAGAGUUGGAAUGCAAAUCUUUUCCUCCAAAAAUCUAAGAAUUCUGGAGGAUUGAGUCGACCAAAUUCAUGUGAUGGCUGCUUUCAGAUAUCAGUUUCAGUCUUGCUCAAACCAACCUCAUACUGACUACCUACUCUGCAGCUCCAAGCAAUGACAAAAGUGAUGAUUUGUUUUCUGGUAAUGGAGUCGUUUGUGUGUGGAACCUUAAUGAACCAUCAAUGCCAGACAAAGUGUUGACAUGUCAGUCGUUGACAUCUUGCUCUUGCUUCAGUCCUAAUAAAGCAUCACUGGCGUUUGGAGGAACGGAGGAUGGGUCGGUUGUUGUGUGGGAUCUUUGUGAGUCUAUUGUUAUGCACAGAACGUACCAACUGUAACUGGGGGAUAGGGAGUGGAUUGUUAGAUCUCCGACUUACAGUACAGGAAGCACCACCGACUGUUGCUGAAGAAUCCCUAUCAUUCCAAUAUCUCUAUUUCUAUGAACCAGAUGGCUUGAGCGAUAGCAGUCCUGCUCACUGCCCACAGGACUUGUACUUGACAGACCCAUCAAUUACUGAUAGUCAAUACUAUAUUGAUCCCAAUCUUGGAUCACGGAAGGAUUCAUUCCUAGCACAAUGUAACUUUGGUGCGAAAACGGCAAACGUGGCUCCAUCAAACAAGUUUGGCCAAAUGCGCAAUGGAGUGAGGAUAAAUGGUGGAGAUAGAGAGUUCAAAUUUGAAGCAGACCGGAGACAGCUUAGAUGUUUCCUGCAAACGUGCAGCAAUGGGUGUGCACGACAAAAGUUUACCCUCCACUGCGCACAAGCAGUUGAUCUGACGGACAGUGCUAGUAAACUAGUGUUCUACUAUCGACAAUCACAUUGUUCAAGUUACAUGAAAGAAACGAUUUUGGAGGACACAUGCCACCCAGAACGAUUCAAUGGAAAUGGGCACAUCGUAUUUGAGCUAUUCACUAACGAACACGAGCAAUGUCUUCCGUACGUCGACGUCCGUUUGAAAUCGAGUGCAAUGCCAGAAGUGAAGUUGGAAUAUACUGUUGGGGACCUGCAGGUGUGCUUGUAGGCUGUCAGCUCAGUUGAUCGAACUCAUCCAUAUGAGAGGGGAAAUUAAGUGACAUCUUGUCUACGGGGCACUCUUGUACUGCUCGUUUUCUACUACUUUAGGUGGCAUUUUCCGUCACUUGUGAAAUUAAGUAAAGCAUUUGUCCUGUGUCCCACGUUUUUGCUUGCUUCCAUGUCGGUGGGGCUAGGGUUUUGAGGCUCGUGCCUGUUUUCGAGCAGAACUGCUAUUUAGUGUAUGCACCUAGUGCAACUGUUCAUACCCCGUCAUGUUUAUUGUGUGGCAAGUAUGACGUUGUAUAGAACUUGCUCAAUGUUGUGAGAAUGUGCGCAAGAAAAUGGUGUCUGGGUAUGGCAGGCG